GGAUCGGCUGCUGCAUCGCUACGCAAUCAACUACCACACCUUCUGUCCUCUUGUCCCCAAAAGUCUCCUCUGCGCGACAGAUAUGCGAAAGCUGGCCAUUGAUGAGCCGUUCCUCCUGGUGGUGAUUUUGACGAUCGCAUCAAAGGAUGAGGCUGUAUAUCAGGCCACUCAUCAACACUGCUGUCGGUACGCCAGAUUUCCGUCCGUAUGGGACAGUCUUUCUGGUCGAGGGGCCCCUCCCUCUCGACUCACUUCACAGCCAAAGAUUUUCCGAGUCUGUGCCUUAGGGCAGACGCGGAACAUAACUAUGCAUUGGUGCUACAGGCCAGCAUAGAGCUCACUCAGCUACUUCAUAACGUGCAUGAUAUCCUGUACUCGUCCAAAGAACGACAAAUGCAGAUGGUCCGGCGAGGGGACUACAACCGCUAUCUAGAUGACUUUCGGCGCUCCCUGUUAGCAUGGCAAGGCCGGUGGGACGAUCUAAAAGCAUCCCCGAAACUAAGUUCCACCUUACGGAUUGUCAAGGAGUACGUUCGCCUGUAUGUCAAUGCGUUCGCCUUCCAGUCAAUUCUUUCAAGGGCAGUCCGCGAGAACCACCAUCAUGCCUCCGGUGGGACUAUCUCAGAAUCAGACCCGAGGCAUCCUCUCUCUUUGUUUCCCCACGGCAUCACCUCGACUCCAGAGGGUGCAUACGUCCUGGAAGCAUUGGAUGCGUCCCGGGACAUCCUAAUCAUCACUAGUCAAACUAACCCGGAAUCGCAUCUUCGGCACAUGCCCUUCCGCUUCUACGUAUAUACCGUGUACUCGGCCGUGUUCCUCUACAAAGCGCAGGUCUUCGGGGCUCUAGGGCCCGCCGAAAAGAUCGAAGCUGCUUCCCUGGUGGAGCAAUACAUCAGGGUCCUUGAACGCGCAGCUACCAACGAAUAUCACGUCGCUAACCGGUUCGCCAGCCUGCUAAAACGGAUGUGGAUGUCUGAUACCACCGUCAGGGAAUAUUCAUCGCCGAUGAGAAUGGCAUCUCCCGCCCUGGAACAUUCGGGUAUGAACUGCGAAGCUCUCCAGAAUAUCAGCAUGAUCGAUCGCCAAGUUCAUCCAGAUGUUGCAUUUGGAACGGGAGUUCCAGCGCCUGCAGACAUUGCAACCCCGGAGUUCAAUUUAUUUUGUCCAGAGUUCUCGAGUUUAGAGUCCGAGCUGGUUGGGCUUGGUAUGGGUGCUGUAGACUUUCCAAUAUGAAGAGAAAUUUUCCGGCUAUAGAUGUAUCCUUGGUUGGCCGUUUCGUGUGCAAGACAACGUGCCACCUCCUCUUUCCGAGCGGCUGUAGAUGGACAGAGCUAGGCAAACUAGAAUCCGGGGUCAAAAUGUGGAGACGUAUAGCCAGAAACGGCCUAAGAUGGUACGAGAUGGCUAGAGAUGGAUAAUUCUCUAUGGAAACCCCUAUAUCAAGCGUCCCCGGGCAAAUGAUGCCUAUUCAAUUACCAUGUUUUACCUCC